AUGUUUUUAGAAUGGAGAGCUGAAGUGGAUGAGGAAGGAAAAGAUAUCAAUCCUCAUAUUCCUCAGUACAUCUCCUCUGUGCCAUGGUAUAUAGAUCCAUCAAAAAGACCUACACUAAAGCAUCAGAAACCCCAACCCGAGAAACAAAAAGAGUACAGUUCAUCUGAAGAAUGGUAUAAGAGAGGUAUAAAGGAGAAUGUUGUGACUACAAAAUAUCGCAAAGGAGCAUGUGAAAAUUGUGGGGCUAUAACACACACAAAAAAUGAUUGCUUUGAGAGACCUAGGCGUGUUGGUGCCAAAUUCACAGGAACUAACAUAGCACCAGAUGAACAUAUACAACCUCAACUUAUGUUUGAUUAUGAUGGUAAAAGGGAUCACUGGAAUGGUUACAACUCAGAGGAACAUAUGAAGAUUGUGGAAGAAUAUGCCAAAGUUGAUCUUGCUAAACGUACAUUGAAAGCUCAGAAGCUACAGGAAGAAUUAGCCUCAGGAAAGUUAAUGGAACAGGUAAAUUCCCCAAAACAUCAGUGGGGGGAAGAAGAACCAAAUUCUCAAAUGGAAAGAGACCAUAACAGUGAAGAUGAAGAUGAAGAUAAAUAUGCAGAUGACAUUGAUAUGCCUGGACAAAAUUUUGACUCUAAAAGACAAGUUACUGUCCGGAAUCUCAGAAUUAGAGAAGACAUUGCUAAAUACUUGAGAAACUUAGAUCCCAAUUCUGCCUACUAUGAUCCAAAAACAAGAGCAAUGUGAGAGAAUCCCUAUGCCAAUGCAAGAAAGAAUCCUGAUGAAGUUAGUUAUGCA